CACCUAGAUCGCUGAACAUUUUCGCGCAGCACCCUCUUCGACAGCGAACCAACCGGACCCUCAUACCACAAGUAAUGCAAAGUUAUGACAAAGUGUUUCAUAACUUGUGUUGCUCAUUUUGAUAGACAACAGUUAUAGGCUACUUCACCUUUGGAGUUUUUUUUUCUCGUUGCCUUGCCACUCGAAGACCGUGGGACUUCGUUCACAUCUGACUUCUGCUUCUUUGUAAAUCUCUGGGAAAAUAUGUAAAGACAACUGGCACUUCCACAGGUGGACACACGUGUCCAGAGUUCAUCAACUCGCAUUGUUUGUUUUGUCAGUUUUAUAAGGAAAUGAUUCCACCGACGAAUAUGAUGCAGGACGACAGUAGUGGCAAGGAAAACAAACGCGAAAUGAACGACCUGCCACAAUCUCCUACAUCCAACAAUAAUCAAGAGUCAAAGCUGCAGAAACUGAAGCGAUCACUCUCCUUCAAGACCAAGAGUCUUCGCAGCAAGAGCGCCGACAACUUCUUCCAGCGACCCAGCGGCGACAUGACGUUCCAGUCUGACGUCAGCAGCAGCACCUGCCAGCUGAGCGCCUGUGGAGUCGCCCCAGCCACCCCCUGUCCGAUCUUGCCCCCCUUCAUGCCAUGCCCGGCCCCCAUGGCCAUCUGCCCACCCAUUUUCACCGCUCAGCAACCAUUGGUGGACCCCUCAGGACAUUGCUUCAUUGAGUACAUCUUCAAGAAGCCCACCUUCUGUGACGUUUGUAAUCACAUGAUUGUAGGGACCACUGCCAAGUAUGGCCUACGCUGCAAAGCCUGCAAGAUGAGCAUCCACCACAAAUGUGUGCACGGGGUUGGACUGCAGAGAUGCAUGGGGAAACUGCCAAAGGGCUUCCGGCGCUACUACAGCUCCCCUCUUCUCAUUCAGGGCCAGUUUGGCUGCAUCAAAGAGGUCAUGCCUAUUGCCUGUGGCAGUAAAGUGGACCCGGUGUAUGAGGCCCUGCGCUUUGGGACAUCUCUGGCCCAGAGAGCCAAGCGGACCAGUGGUUCCGAGUCCCCACACAGACACUCAAGCAGUGGAGACCUGGCUCAGGUACCGGAGGAGGUGGCAUCCCGCAGCAGCAGAGCAGAGCUCACCAGGAAACACAGUGACAACGUGUUCUUGGCCCUGGAGAAUGGAACAGAGUCUUUCCACGCAGCCGACCGGAAGGCAGACAGCUCACCGGUGAGGACACAACAGUGCAAGGACCUCCUGCAGCUUAACACCUAUGUGGCCAUGCACAGAUUCACUCCACAGGAUGGGGACGACUUAGACAUGAGACCUGGGGACAGGAUCGUGCUGGCAGAUGACUCCAACGAUGAUUGGUGGAAGGGAGUGAUUGAAGACAGGAUAGGAUUCUUCCCAGCGUCCUUUGCUCAGCAAGUGAGGGCGGGAGACCAAGUGUUCAGGUGUAUCCGCACGUUUAUCGGCUGCAAAGAACAAGGCCAGAUCACUCUGAAGGAGGGACAGAUAUGUGUGAGCAGUGAGGAGGAGCGCAGCGGCUUCAUCCGAGUGACCAGUGGGAAAAAGAGAGGCUUUGUGCCCUGUGACGUCCUCGAGAACAUCUGAAGGACAGAGAGACAGAGAUAAGGGGAGAGGGAGUGCCCAAAUGUGUGUAGGAAAGAGUGAUGAACAGGGAUAGAGGUAAAGAGAGAGUGAGAGGAGAGAGAUCUACUGAACAAAUCAUGGAACAGUUCUUGAGAGGCUUAUCUGUAAAUCCACAGUGAGUCUCUGCUUGCUCAUUAUAGGUCAUGAGGGGAGGUCCUGGAACUGAGAGGACUGGCUAACUGGUGGAGCAACUGGAGUGGAAAUGGACAGAUCGUCCCUUUUGCUGCUACAUUUUAGCACUAGCGUAGUUUUUUUUUUUGGUAAUUUCAUUGUUUAUUUAUUUGGUUGGAGGAAAUAAAUCUACCAUGUUGUGUUUUUGUAUGUAGUGUGUGUUCCUAAACAAAGUCCACGGAGGGAAAAUGACUAUUGAUCCUCAUUGUGUGUCAGGAACGGUCUCUGUCUGGCUCCCUGGGCCUCCAUUGUUUGAAGCAGAUAGGAGGGAACAGUGGAUGCUUGUUUACAGAACCACUUGUGUCACUCCCUGAAAAUAGCAUAUGCCCCACCACCACAACAAAGAAUACUCAGUCCCCUGGCUCUCUCUAACCUAGUACGGGAUACCUUAACUUCUUGCGAAGGUUAAAGGCAGCAUUGCUCCAAAGUGCAGAGGUUUAAUAUCAGAUGCAGCACGUGUGUGGAGAGUAGUAGUCUGUAUGUCUUGUUUCUGUUAGUGUCCUCAGAGUUCACCUCCUGGGACCCUGUUGUGCUGCACGUUUCAGGCCUCUCUUUGCUCUCGAUUAGUUGAAUGCACCUGGGCCAGCUUUAUCAAGGGUGGCAUAAUUAUCUCCCAAGUUCAAUCAGUCUGGCUGAAGCAGGAGGGAGAUCGGAAACGUGGGAUUUCCAAUCGGGAGUUUCUCAGCCGUAGGAGUGAGAGUCGGUGAACGCAGAAGGAGGCGUUCACUGCAACAUUUCAUCCCAGCAGACGAUGUUGUUCUCAAGUGGACGUUCCACGUGACGGAGUAGAAAGCCAAGAUGUGAAAAGACUGCACGCAUAUCAUGGAAACAAAUGUUCUGAGGGAGUAUUUUCAAAGGAACUAACCAGGGGGAUUUGUUUCAAAUAAGACAAAAUGGGGGGAAAAAAAUAAUAAUCUGACAGUCGAGGUCACUUACAGACAAGCACGCAAGAUAAAUGAGAAAUGUUUAAAAACACUUAAGCGAUAUGAGGCAACACUGGGAAAUUUGGUGCAUUUUUGGCACUCCGGUAUCCAACUGUGCAGACAUGUGUAGGUACCCUCUAAUUACUUCUGAUGUUUUGUCUUAUACUGUCAGAGGGGUGUGAGGUUUUACCCCGUGACGGAAGGCACUGAACAAACCCUCAGACUUUUGCCUCAAGUGAAUGUAUUUAAUGUGAAAUUCAACACACAACUCGUCACAUGACAAACAAGUCUGACUCUCUUCUGAUGCAACAGCCAUGUAGUAUGUGUAACCCAAAUAUAUGGACUUAUUCGAUGAUGUUUCAUGCCUGAUUGAUGUUUCAUGCCUGAAGUAGCCUGAUUGCUUUUGUAUAGGCCUGUGUAUACUAAUAUACUCACCUAUUGGCAGUGAGAUCAUUGCUAUAAGAGUCUGUCUUUUUUAAGCAACCUUUUUUUUCUAAAUACACAGUAUUUAUUUGCAUUGUGCUGUUUGAUUUCUUUGUCAUUCCAGUUCACAGUCUGUCUUUGUACAUUACUUGAAAUGAAAGCUAGGGUAGUUUUGUGGAUAGUGCAGUGGAUUGCAGCAACAGAGUAUGAAGAGGCCUGUGUUGCAUUGAGAUUGUAAAUAAUGU